GUAUGAAUCAGCGAGAUGGAAAAUAUUUAGUAGCGUAAAACCAUUCACUAAUUGCCACGAAAACGAAACUAGGAUAAUCAUACAUUAUAUGUCUAAUAUCGAAACACUGAAGACCACGGCUUUUAAAGACAGGUUAUGCUGUAUGAAGUAUGUCACCCUAGUGAGAGUGUUGUGCCUUGGUUCCGUUGUUUUUCUGGCAGCUUACAUUUUAACUGGAGAGACAUGGGGUAGACAACAACAAGAGAAAAAAAUACCAGAUCCAGCCCAUAAAAAAACCUCAGAGAACUCUCUUAUUUGGGCUGUUCAUAUAAAAACACAUGACAAAGACAACAUUGAUAGAAUAGCCAGUGACCUUGACCUGAUAAAUCUAGGUCAGGUUGGUGAAUUACAUCAUCAUUAUUUAUUUGCUCACAAAUUACAUCGUAAUUUCUCAGGAAGUAAAACUGUAUCAACAGUUCAUUUGCAUCAUUUAAAACUUCAUAGUGGCCAGAAAAUUGCCAAAAAGGUUGAGGAGACAGAAAACAAGUUAGUAAAACAUGAGGAUAUUGAAUGGUUUUCUCAUCAGAAAUUGCUGUCACGUGGAAAACGGUUCUUGACAUAUGAUUUACCAUUCAUGGACUUUGAAGAUCCAUUUUACAGAAAACAGUGGCAUUUGACAAAUACAUAUGAACUUGGUAUGGAUAUAAAUGUAACUGGGGUAUGGAAACACAACAUCACAGGGUCAGGGGUCACCGUGGCUGUGGUAGAUGAUGGUUUGGAAUGGAACAAUCCAGAUUUGUUGGAAAAUUAUAAUAAGGAGGGUAGUUACGAUCUAAACAAUGGGGAUAGAGAUCCUUCACCUAAUACCAAAAACCAGAAGAAUCAUCAUGGAACACGUUGUGCGGGUGAGAUCUCUGCCAUACCAAAUAAAGUAUGUGGUGUCGGUGUAGCCUUCCGCUCUAAAAUCUCAGGAUUAAAGCUUCUAGAUGGACCUCUAACAGACAGUAUGGAAGCUGAUGCCUUCACAAAGUUCUUCCAGAUCAAUGAUAUUUAUAGUUGCAGUUGGGGCCCAGAUGAUGAUGGGAAGACAGUGGACGGGCCUCAUGUAUUGGCUGCUGCUGGUAUGAAACAUGGCAUCGACUUUGGACGUGGUGGUUAUGGUAGUAUAUACGUGGUUGCCAGUGGCAAUGGAGGUCAUGAGGGAGACAACUGUAACUAUGACGGUUAUGCAAACUCACUUUAUACAGUAACUAUAGGAGCUGUAGAUGAGACAGGACAUAUGCCUUACUACUCAGAGGAGUGUGCCUCCAUGUUGGCUGUUACAUUUAGUAGUGGAUCAUGGGGGCAAACUAGAGAUAUUGUAACAACAGACUGGUUGGCACACAAGGAGUCAGUGCGAGGAUGUACGGAACAUCACAGUGGUACUAGUGCUGCAGCUCCUAUAGCAGCCGGCCUGAUAGCCCUCAUGUUAGAUGUACAACCCUGUCUUACAUGGAGAGAUAUACAGUACCUCAUAGCUCUCACUGCUCUCAAGGUAGACAUAGAUGUAGCUCACUGGCAGAAGAAUGGAGCGGGGCUCUGGCACUCACACAAACAUGGGUUUGGUCUAAUGAAUGCCUGGAGGCUUGUGAAUGCUGCCAAGGUAUGGGACCAGGUGCCCUGGCAAACAUCAUUGGAGUAUAGUAAGAAAAAAGUUUCAAUACCAAUCACUAAAGGUCGCUCUAAUCCUUUACAACUUACUUAUACAGUGACAGAGUCAAAUGCCAAUGGAUUUGACCUAUAUAUACUAGAAACUGUGCAAGUGACCUUGACCUUGGAUCAUCCAUGCAGGGGUUUUCUAGACUUCAGAGUGAAGAGUCCUCAUGGUACAAUGUCUGUGAUUGGUGCAUCUAGACCACAUGAUGACUCACCUAAUGGAUUUGACAAGUGGACAUUUUCUACUGUUAGAUGUUGGGGGGAGUCGCCCAUUGGUGAAUGGACAAUUUUCAUCAGAGAUUCGGACAAUGGAAAAUAUGGAAUGGGAACACUUCGUAGCUGGACCUUGAAGUUGUUUGGUACACCUAUGGCACCUAAAGAAUUUAAAAGAAGGAAAAAUUUGGUGAAUGAGGCCCUGCAUGGGGGAUUUCUGAACAGUACAAGCAGAUGUAUACCCCCUCCUGUUACCUCAAAACCUGAUGAAAUUAUGUCAGUGAGAAUACUGAAGGUGAUCUGUAUGACAGGUGCUUUAUGUUUUCUGUUUGCUGUUUACGAGUCAUUUGAAUAUUUAUUCUGUUAUAAUGAUGAGAAAAAGGAACAAACAAAGUAUAUGAAGUUGAUGAAACGGCACGACUGGCUAAGAGCAUUUUUUAAAACCCAACAAUCGGAGACAACGGACUAUUUAAAUGAAAAAAUUUCCCUAUCAACUUUCCCCUUUACAUCUGACCUUCGACCUGAUGGUUAA